CUUUCCCCUUCCACCUCCUCGUUCUCCAAGCUCCUCUCCUCAGCGUCCUCCAGGUGUCGUCUUCUGCCACGAAACGCUAAGGAGCGCGCCCGCUUGCAGACUACUCGACACUGUGAACGAAUUCCGAGUCUUAAUUGCCUCACCACGCUCAUAUACAGCCCCCGCGUCGCCAUCCCAGUCCGCCCCCAUAACAUCUUCCACGUUCCUACUCCCAAAUGGCAACUCACGGUCCCAUAAAUGGCGUGAAGAUCUCCCCCGUCGAUGAUCCCCGGAAGGUCGUCAAGGUCGUCGCCUCAGACGGCAAGACUGGCGAGCAGAAGGACCUCUCCUAUACCAAUUGCAAAGUCAUAGGAAAUGGUUCUUUCGGUAUCGUCUUCCAAGCACGACUCCUCGACGAGCCCGGCAACACAGACAUUGCAAUCAAGAAGGUCCUGCAGGACAAGCGGUUUAAGAACCGCGAGCUCCAAAUCAUGCGUCUUGUUUCCCACCCGAAUGUAGUCGAUUUGAAAGCUUUCUUUUAUUCGAAUGGGGACAAGAAAGACGAAGUGUACCUCAACCUUGUGCUCGAGUAUGUCCCCGAGACUGUGUACCGAGCGAGCCGUCACUACGCGAAGCUCAAGCAGCCGAUGCCUAUGCUUCAAAUCAAGUUGUACAUGUACCAGCUGCUGCGCUCGCUCAUGUACAUCCACUCUGUCGGCAUCUGUCACCGUGACAUCAAGCCUCAGAACUUGCUCCUGAACCCAUCAACUGGCGUGCUCAAGCUGUGCGAUUUUGGUUCAGCGAAGAUCCUCGUCGCCGGCGAACCCAACGUCAGCUACAUCUGCUCGCGGUACUACCGCGCGCCUGAGCUCAUCUUCGGCGCGACUAAUUACACCACUAACAUCGACAUUUGGUCGACUGGUUGUGUGAUGGCAGAGCUGAUGUUGGGUCAGCCCCUGUUCCCGGGUGAGAGUGGCAUCGAUCAGCUGGUCGAGAUCAUCAAGGUGCUUGGUACGCCGUCGCGUGAGCAGAUCAAGACCAUGAACCCGAACUACAUGGAACACAAGUUCCCUCAGAUCAAGCCCCACCCCUUCUCCAAGGUCUUCCGCCCGCGCACAGCGCCGGAAGCAAUCGACCUCGUCUCGAAGCUGCUCGAGUACACCCCAGAUGCGCGUCUGAGCGCAGUCGAGGCCAUGUGUCACCCGUUCUUCGACGAGCUUCGCCAGGAGGGCGCGAAGAUGCCCAACGGGAAGGAGUUCCCUGCGCUCUUUAACUUCACACGGGAGGAGCUGUCGGUCCGCCCUGAUCUCAUCAGGACGCUGGUGCCACCACACUGCGAGGCGGAGCUGGCCUCUCGCCAAAUCUUCUUGGACAACUUCCAACCGAUACCACUGGAGCAGAUGCGGAUUACUCUGGACUAAUCUCCGCACAGCGCGGAUGAGGAUGAGGAUGAGUCCGUGGUAGUGCGCCCAUGUACUGAGCCUAGGUACCGCCGGAUGGCCCAUCCUUGUACCAGCAUGAUGUUGCGCCACAUUGUAUACAUGCCGUCGAUGCACGUAUGAUGAUUGCACCUGUAGCUUGCAGCCAUGUUGUCAUAAUUACCACGAAUACAAAGAUACGAACUG